CCCCCCCCCCCCCCCCCCCCCCCCCCCCCCCCCCCCCCCCCCCCCCCCCCCCCUCCCUCCCUCUCUCACUCUCCCUGCUUCUGUUCAAGUCUGCCUCGUCUGAUUAGGCGUCAAGACCGUCACUUCAUCUUCCCAUUCAGGCGUGAUCUCUCUGGGUCGAUGCAUUGCAUGGAUGCGGUGGGCACUCUGCGCCAAUUGUUGCCCGAACCAUUCGGUCGGUGCUAUCCUUCUAAUCAGCCAGCAGCUGUGGACCGGUCUUUACUACUACUUAUAUACAGCCGUUGCCGUCCGGUUUUCUUCGUGUAGACAAAAGACCAUUUUACACUUGCCGCUACUUGCCGCGUUCCUGAUUCUGCUGUCUACUACCUUACUCCAUCCUCACUUGCCUCUGCGUAUCUUUCGGCUUCACGGUGGUUCAUGGACCCGUUGUCCACCUUGUUCCCCUUCGUCACCACCACCACCACCACCACCACGGCUUCCUCAUCGUCACCAUCACGGAGUCGGAUGAUGUCCUCUCAUGGACCUACGGUGAUCCAGGAGCUCUCGUCGUACCUGUCUGCGGGUUCUGCGGAAAGCAUGCACCACCAGCAGCAGCAGCAGCAGCAACAACAACAGCAACCUCAGGUGCCGGUAGGCCUAGGAAUCUCGCAUUGUCGUAUGGAGGCUGUGGAGCAGCCCCAACUGAGCACGCAGUUGCACACUUACCCAUUGCCCCGCUGGCCGGAGACUGGGGUCCCCAACGAGUCGUUCUAUGACCCUUCCUUGCCUCCUGGUCUGCGGGCAGUGUCUGCAUGCUACGAGCCGUACGGUCUUCUGACCCCCGUCUCAUCCUCUCCGGUCAGCCUCUACGAGACACAACCCGGUUUUGGGCCACAUAAUCGGAUGGAAGGGCAAUGUACCACGGCGUGGUCUUAUCCUACUCCUCGUUCCAGUAAUACGGUUCCACCGCAGACGAUCGGUGCUGCCAUUGUAGAGGAACCGCAAAAGUUUGCUUGGGACCAGACCUUGUUCAUAACAGCUCCCACCCAUGUGUCACCACUCCUGGCAGAUGUCCCUCUGAUGGUCGCCAAUCCCCAUCACCACCACCACCACAAUACUGCUUGCCCCGUAUUCGCUCCUCCGCUGCCGUCAGCCCCCAAUGGGCGCCAACCUCUUCUAGAACUCGACACUAACACUGCCCAACCGGUUGCUGUCGGCCAUCGGCUAGUUGGCAUUGGAGAGAUGGGCACCCAGCAAACCCCCCCACGGGACACCGACAACGAUGAGGGGGGAAGAACGCCAGUCAAGCGGAAGAGACCCCGUCCUGACGGCCUGCAGUGCACCGAGUGUGGGUUCACCUUCACUCGACGGUCGAACUGUCGGGAACAUAUGAAACGGCAUGAUCCGUCGCUCAUGACUCCCCAUCCGUGCGAGGUGUGCGGCCGGGAAUUUGGCCGACGGUCUGAUCUCAAGAGACAUGUGGAUUGCAUCCAUCGCGGAUUCAAGCGGUUCAGCUGUGACGAAUGUGGUCGGCGGUUCACUCGUCAAGAUACCUUGUCGAAGCACCAGCUUGACUGUUCUCAACUCAAAGUCCCGAAUCAGAUAGACAGCACUGACAGCACUUGGGCACCGCCCCCGGACAGGCGAUCGCCGUCCUCCUCUCCUCCCUCGACCCCUCUGAAACGACGGGUUCGCCGCAGACGAGCACAGGGAAGAAAGUAGAUUUCUUUUCUUUCUCUCUCCAAUAUACUCUCGCCGAUCAUUUUGCAUUCCUGAUUCCGUCUCCAUCUCCAUCCGGCGUUGAUCGCCCUUGAUGGAUUGAUUGUGCAUUCUGCUUUUUUCUUUUUUUUCUUUUUUUUUUUUUUUUU